AUGGCGAUUCCCGAGUCUACGGAGCCGGCAGCGCCUGAAAUAUCUCAAAUAAUAGAUCCAGGUCGUCUUGCGCCGCCAAAGCCCCCUAUCAACAAUCGGAAAACGCUUCCGCCUUUACCACCACCAAAGUCGCCUCUGCCAAGGAUCCCAGAGUCCGGCGAGAAAAGUGCGGGAACGAGUAAUACUGACCGAGAACCGUCGAUAUCAAGCGCCAUUGAAUCGAUACUAACAUCGCUAAAUGAUGAUGAGAAAUAUGAUAAAUUAUUAUUGAAGCUACCGGAGGAGCCGGAGGAGCGCCCCCCAAGACCAGUAUCCAAGGACUGGCCGAGGUCGCGGCCCACAACCUCAGCUACGACGGCGACCACCGCGACCACCGCAACUGCGUCAUCCUUCUCCAGCACCCUAUCAAAGCGGACUAUCAAGUAUGGCACAGGGAGAUACGCGAACGUCGAGCUGUCCCCCCAGCCCAGCGAGGACCCUGAGGACCCGCUGAACUGGCCCUUAUGGAAGAAGCAUCUCAACUCCGUCGCGCUGCUAUCCAUGGUCUCCCUCAUAGGCGUGAUGAAGACGGCGUACAUCAGCGUCAACAGCGUGAUCGCCAUCGAGGAAGACUCGUCGUACACGGCCGCGGUGGCCCUGACCGCCGUCCCGCUAAUGGUGUCGGCUGCGACUGGGCUGGCUUCCAUGAUACUGGCGAGGAUGUAUGGCAAGCGGCCUCUGUACCUGGUUUCGAUGGUCGCGAUAUUAAUCGGCGUGGCCUGGAAUACGCGGGUCCGGGGAGAUUUGGGGCAGAAUAUGGCCGCGAGGGUGUUCCAGGGCCUGGGGUGGGGCGCGUUUGAUACUUUGGUGCUGGGGUCGAUUCAAGAUACUUAUUUUGAACAUGAGCGCCAACCGAUAAUCAUUAUUCACCACGCCGUAUCCGUUGCGAUGAUGUUGGGCGCUCCUCUGCUUGGCGGCGUGGUCUCGACUGGGGCCAGGGGAUACGAAGCCCAGUUCGAGAUACUGAGUGCCUUCUUGGCGAUUUCCAUGCUACUGCUGGUAUUUGGCGCACCGGAGACCACUUACGAUCGUCCAGCGACCUCCGAUGAGGGACCGCCCACCAUGGCACGCUCCCAGUCUACCUGGCCUAAGGUGACAUUAACAAAAGAGGCCGUUCUCGCGUACAUGACCAAGAUGAAGCCUUGGUCCUACCGUGUAAACAAGAUCAACUUGCUCCUAAUCCUGCAGGCGCCCCGAGCCAUGUUCGCCCCGACGACCGGGCUUCUCUUCGUGAUCACGCUCCUCCCCUACGCCGGCUUCUGGAGCCUCGCCAGCUCACUCUCGCUAAUCUUCUCCCCGCUCCCCUUCAUGCUGUCUACGGACUCCCUCGGCGCCAUCAUGGCCGCGGCCUUUAUCCUCGGCCCCCCCGUCGCCGUCGCACUCGCCCUGCCCCUUUUCCAGCGGCGCUUCACGCCGACCGUGCACGUCGUCACGCUCAUCGUCGGCACCGCCUUCGCGUCCAUGGGCACGCUCGGCUUCGGCCUCUACGUCGCGGGAAUGCCCUCCGCCGGCGCAACGCUGUGGGACCUCGGGCCCAGCCGCGUCAGCAUCCCCGUCGCCUCCUUCCUCCUCGGCCUCCUCGCCCUCGGCUCCCUCGCCCUCGACGCCACCGUCCAGCCCGUCGUCCACCGCUCCACCGCCUUCAUCUCCGCGAACCUAACCGUCGGCCUGCGCAACACCGCCGACAUGCACGGCGGCCUCGCGUGCCUGAGGAGCCUGUUCGCGGGGGUCUUCAUCCAGUCGAUCCCGAACGCGAUCUCGGAGUGGAACGGGCUGAAGAUGACGGCGACGGGGCUGGGCGUCGCGCAGAUCUGCGUCGCGGUGUUGGCGUGUGCGGUGUACUGGUACUGGGACGAGAACGUGAGGAGGCUGGAUGGGAGGGCCAUGGGGCUGAUUGACCUGUCGAUUUUGAGGAGGAUGGGGAGUUUUUUUGAGGGGGAUGGGGAAUAA